AUGGUUAAAUUAAUCACAGAGUUGAACAAACUCCAGAGUGAAAAUGAAGAGCUCAAAAACACUUGUCUGGAAUACGAUGAGUUUAAGAAAUCAAUGUUUGUAUGUCUUAAAGAAAAGGACGAACUGAUAAUAAAAUACAGAGAUCGCAAGGCUGAACUUCUGAAGAAACUAGAGACAAUGGAACAGAAAUUAGCUACGCAGAUGGGAUCAAUUAAACCAUUAAUUAAAGAAAAUAGGCUAUUAAAAAGUGAAAAUAGAAAUUUGAAGGCAGAAUUGUCUCAAAUCCGACAAAAUCCAAACGAGAUGGAAAACAACAAGACCAAACGAGUCGAAGAUACCAACACCUCUAAUCAGGAUCUCUCAGGUAAAAAAGGAAGGUCAUAUUCAGACAAAAAAGAAAGGAAAAAUCCGCGGAAAGCUGGAAAGAAGAAAGAAGUUCUUCAUACCAUCAAACAGCGUUAUAGUUCAUAUACCUGCGAUGUAUGUGGAAAAGAAUAUAAGUAUAGACAAUCGAUUUUAUAUCACGUACAUCGGGUACAUUCUGAAAAGAAACAAAAACCAAACAAACUGGAGUAUGAUGAUAAUGCACGGAUAGAAGAAAUCGAGGCCUCCCAUAAAGUAUACAAAUCUGAUUUUACUACUAAUAAAGCUAUUAUUUAG